AUGUCACAUUUGAAGCCAUCAACAACAAAGUUUAAGCUAAAUACCGGUGCUGAGAUCCCAGGUAUCGGAUUGGGUACCUGGAGAUCUACCGACGAUGAAGUCUACAAUGCUGUUAUCACAGCAUUGAAAAACGGGUAUAGACACAUCGACACUGCUGCCAUUUACCGUAACGAAGAGGCUGUUGGUAGAGGUAUCAGAGACUCUGGUGUGCCCAGAGAAGAGAUCUUCGUCACCACGAAAUUGUGGGGUACCCAGCACAGAAACCCAUUGAAGGGGUUGGAAGAAUCUUUGCAAAGAAUGGGUUUGGAGUACGUGGACUUGUACUUGAUGCACUGGCCGGUUCCAUUGAAGGACAAUCCAAAGUACCCCGGUAUUCCUCCAGCCAGUGUCGGUAUCGAACGUAACACCGACUUGGAAAACUGGGAUUUCGUCAAGACCUGGGAAUUGAUGCAAGAGUUGCCGGCAACUGGUAAGACUAAGGCCAUUGGGGUUUCCAAUUUCUCUGUCAACAACAUCAAGCAGCUAUUGGCCUCUCCGGGCAACAAGAUCGUCCCUGCUACUAACCAAGUCGAGUUACACCCUCUUUUACCUCAGGAUGAAUUGGUCUCCUUCUGCCAAGAAAAAGGGAUCGUUGUCGAGGCCUACUCCCCAUUGGGUUCCGGUACCUCAGAUAUCAUCACGGAUCCAAUUAUCGUCGGUUUAGCUAAGAAAUACAAUGUGGAACCUGCUCAAUAUUUGAUCAACUGGGGCUUGAAGCGUGGUUACGUCGUCUUGCCAAAGUCAAUUACCCCUUCAAGAAUUAUUUCGAAUUUCCAAGAAUUCGAUUUAACCGCUGAUGAUGUUAAGAAUGCUUACACCUUACCUUUCUACAGAGGAGAAAAGAGAUUAAUCUCUCCAGAUUGGGGUACUUUCAAGACAUUUGAAUAG